CAGUUACCACAGUUAAACCAGGGGAACUAUCGCAAACACUGCAGAAUCACUUGAGAAGAUAGACAUAUUUGAAAUCUUUAGCCUGUGAGCGCAGUGUCACUCCGGGCCUUGGGGUUUGCUUACAAAAAAAACUUAAAGAAAAGAAAAAGCAGAAGGGAUUCUUUUGAAAUUGUAUUAGUGGCGGAAUUCCCUCAAAGCAUAAUUUCACCGUGGACAGGACAUUUGCCUGGAAAAGGGGGGAUCAAGGAGCAUUCAAAAAUAAUAAUUCGCAAUUUUGACAUUUCAUUGAGAACAAUUUUGUGAAAAAAAAAGAAACACCAUGUCAUGUCUUGUGUCACUCUGUGUUUCACUGUGGCUGGCUGCGCUGGCUGCCAGGACAAGUGCAUCCUCCCCAGAUGAAGACAUCAACGUGUUGGUGCUGCUCCCGGAGAACAACUCCUACCCGUUCUCCAUCGCCAGAGUCAAACCCGCGAUAGAGUACGCCAAGCAGGCUAUUAAAGUCAACGGACCAGGACAGUCUUCCCAACUCAAUUUCAGUAUCAAAUAUAGGAAUUCCGAGUGCGGCAACCACGCGCUCUUCGCGCUCAUAGACGAGUGCCAAACGCGGCCCGACUUGGUCCUUGGUCCCGUCUGCGAGUACGCGGCAGCCGGGGUGGCGAGGGUGGCAUCGCGCUGGAACAUCCCCAUGGUCACGGCAGGUGCUCUGGCCGUGGGCUUCGACCAAAAAAAGCCUGAGUACACGCACCUGACCCGGGUAGCCCCAAGUUACAUGAAGAUGGCCGAGACGUUCGCCUCGCUGUUUGUGGAGUUCAACUGGAAGAACGCGGUGCUCAUCUAUGAUGAUGACAAGGAGGAGAGAAACUGUUUCUUUACUAUGGAGGGGGUGUACGUCAUUCUUCUCCACUCAGACGAGUACAACGUACAACAUAUAACCAUUGAUCCAAAGGAAGAGAAGCUGGAUGCGGAUGAAAUCGUGAAGAACUUGCACAGCGAAGUUGUGGUGAUAUGUGCUCAUGCAGCCAUUGUGCGGGAGAUCAUGCUGGCAGCCCACCGGCGAAAAAUGACCAACGGCAGUUAUAUCUUCUUCAACAUAGACCUCUUCAACUCCACAGAUUACGGACUGGAGGGGUCGUGGAAAAGAGGCGACAAGUAUGACAAGGAGGCUCGGGCAGCAUACAGCGCCCUCAACACCGUCACUCUGCUGAGGACCGUCAAGCCAGAGUUCGAGAACUUCACCAUCGAGCUGAAAAAGUCCGUGCAAAGACCUGGGGUGCGCGACUGCAAGGACUGCGAUAAUGUCAACAUGUUCAUGGAGGGCUUCCACGACGCCUUGCUACUCUAUGCCAUCGCCCUGCACGAGGCUAAGAAGAACGGCUACAGCAAGAAAGACGGCCAUGAGAUAACUCGCCACAUGUGGAACCGAACUUUCGAAGGCAUUGCUGGCCAGGUGUCCAUAGAUACCAACGGUGACAGAGAAGGAGACUUCUCAGUCAUGUCCAUGACGGAUCGCGAAGCUGGAACCUAUGAGACCGUCAUGAACUAUUUUGGGGUCAACGGAACCUUCCAGGUGACGCCGGGCUUCAACAGCGGCAAGUUUCUCCUGCACGAGAAGCCCAUCGCCAGGCCUCCCUCGGAACACGGAACGACGCCCGACAUGUCAUCAUCAGGUGGACUAGGAGUAUCGGCAGUGACUGGUAUAAUUGUCGGAGCGCUUCUGGGCGCUGCCUUACUCAUGGCCUUCUACUUCUUUAGGAAGAAUUACAGGAUAACUAUCGAGCGGCGGACGAAUCGCGAGGAGUGCAAUGCCGGAAAACACCGGCAGCUCAGAGAGGAUUCCAUCAGGUCGAACUUCUCCACUGCGUAGGAUGGCUUCUACACUCCUCCUCCUCCUCCUCCUCAUUAUCCUCCUCUUCCUUCCUUCCUUCCUCCCUUCUUUGAAUCCCAUCAUCCCAACAGCCCCCUCCCCCAUCACCCCAUCUACCCCCAACACAGACACACACACACACACGCGCACACACACACACACACUUCAUCACCUUGCCUACCGUCACCAUGGCACUCAUCUCUGACUCCAGGAAAGUGUGUCUUCAGAACAUGACCAAAGACUCAGUGCGAAAGCUGUCGGAAAGGAGUCAUGCUAUUUAAAGACGUGCUUCAAGUGUUGUUGAUAUUAUAUCUCGUGUUUCUUUUUUGAGUGCUUGUGUGUGUGUGUGUGUGUGUGUGUGUGUGUGUGUGUGUGUGUGUGUGUGUGUGUGUGUGUGUGUGUGUGUGUGUGUGUGUGUGUGUGUGUGUGUGUGUGUGUGCUGUGUAUGCUGUGUGUGUGCAUUUUUGUUUGACUUUGGUAAACUCAGGAAAGUUGCCUCAACCACAGAGUGCCCUUUGAUAGGUUUCUCAUCUCUAUGGAAAAGAAGCAGAGACAGUGAGUGGACACUUUGCCUUCCCUACAUUGAUGUGGAUUGGAUCUCAGGAUUAUCUGUGCCCCCCCUGAGACGGGUAGAAAGAAAGUGACAAAAUGACAUACUCACCUGUAAAUGUCCUUGUUUUAUACAGGAAAUGGCUGUUGUGGGACUGUUUACCUAAUGGAGCAAAGGUUUUACCUUCUGGAAGUUGAAAGUAAAACUAUGCUGUCACAAUUGAUGUGGGAAGAUGAUCUAGAUAAGAUAUCUGUAAGUAAGUUUAUUGAAAUUAUUUUUUAGUGUCCUUUGUGUGCUUCAAGCUUCAGAAAGUGUCCCACUAGCCAAUGGCUCAAAAGAUGCUGUUACUGAACUACCACAGUCUCUUUAGAAGAGUAUAGCAGGCCCCGCCGUGGCGGUAGGGCACUGGGUUACCUGUUUCGAUUCCGGCCCGGGUCAUUUGCCGAUCCUUCCUCGUCUCUCCUCCACUGUCCUGUCAAAAAUAAAGGCAAAAAAGCCCUGAAAAAUAUUCAAGAAGAAUAUAGCAAAGGACACACAUGCUGUAUAUAUAAGAAGACCGUCUCGCAACUGGAUCCCAUUACCGUGGCUGUCUAUAAAUGUACAGUUAGAAGCCCUUUUCUAAUUCUCCCAAUGCCUUUCCCUCAUUUAAUCAUCAAAAGAGGGUUGCAAACACACAUGAAAAGACAAGCAUUUCAUGAUAGUAAUCACUUCCAUUGGAAAUGAAGUCUCAUUGGGUCUGAAUGCAUGGUAGCAUUUUUCAUUAAUGGACGCUCGACUCGUAUCCCUGUCAAGGCCUUGAUUUACCCCUUUGUGUGCAAGAGCAGUAUGGACUCGCAGGCGCACGUGUCACACGAUGGGCAAAAGCUUCUGUGUGUUCGUUCGGAGAGGCUGUGGGCGUUUUCCAGAGCUUGUUAGUACCGUAUGUAUGUACAGGGCCGCUGACAGCCUUGACUGGGCCCCAGGGCGAAAUCAUCUGAGAGGCCCACCUCUCAAUGCAUACAGUGUCACGAGGUCCCAGUUCGGGGCCGCCCUUUACCUGAGCCCUGGACAACUGACCCAUAGCCCCCCCCCCUGCCCUUCCCCUCUUGGCAGACCCGAGUAUGGAGCGUGUAUGUACAUAUUGCUGUCAUCAUGCAUUGUAUUUCAGUGUCAGUGUCACCACUUUUUUUCAUUUUUUAAGCUCUGGGUUUCUUGGAAAAGGAUGCCUAACUUCAAACAGUGCUCUAGGAAUGUUUAAAACAACAUGUAUUUUUUCAGGACUGUACAUCGACAAGGCAGUGGUCUGGGCUAUGUUCAAAAAUGUAAACAGAGCAAGUCAGUGCCAUAGGCAGCACACCUACUGUCUUCGUGAAUGUUCAGGAAUAGAAAAGACAGACAAAUGUACGGGGCAGUGUUUUUUAGAGGAUUUUUUUUCAAUGAUAAUAAUAGAUUAAUAGAAAUAAAUUACAUACUUUAAAUAGAUGAGAUUGUUUCUCUCACUGACGUCUGCUAUAGCCUUCACAGCUGUUUAGUUUUAAUGUCUGAACAUGAUGUACGUAGCUAUGAUAAAGCCAGCAACUUCAAGAAGUUUAAGGCAACAGAAGAAGGCAUGUCACACCUAAUAGAAACUUGCACACAUUUCCCCCUUACCUUUGCCACCACUUUUGUGAAAGUAGGCUAAUCAACUGAAAUGAUAAAGCUAGUGUGCCAUAAUGACUGUAUUGAAAGAGAUAUUUUUCAUGUGCACAGAAUGAAACAAUAUAAAGUACAGUGUGCCUUGGGAAUACAGUACUUUUGAUUUUUGACGAGGCCCAGCCAAGCAUGAGAAACAAGACCAGUCAUACUAGAUCCUGUGGGGAGGCUCGGAAGAGAGUUGGUGUAAAUUAAAUGUGCUGUGUGUUUACUGCUAAGGGGUAAAAAUUUUAAAGUGUGACAUUUUUAGUAGUUCUUUUUCGGAUUGUAUGCUGCCCAUUCACAAGUGUUAUGCUUAUGAUCUAUAUUUAUUUACCAUCACCAUCAAUUUUUAAAUACUGUAUUCAUUACGACUUGGAAAUGUACACUUUUCAUUCAUGAAAAGGUGAAUCAUCUCCAUGUCUGCCAUUUUCAAUGACCAGAAAUAGACAUCUAUGGCUGCAAAACUUACUCUACUUUGGUCAGGCCAGUAAAUAUUAGCUCAUUGCUUAAUAAUUAUCCAUGAAAAAUCACAUAUAGGAAUGGAAAGCGUACGUUUGGAAAAUAAACAACUAAAAUUGCAUAUUAUACUUUUAAAAGAAUAUGGAGCUGUAUUAAUAUUAAUCUAUUGUAAAUAAUUAUGAUCACAUUGAAUGUUGACAGUGCCAUGUAAUAUUUCUCAGUCAUUAAGUUGUCAAAUGAUCAAAUCAUAUAUGUACGGCCCCAAUCAUUAUAAUUGCUUUUACAGAGAUAAUUUAUUUUUCACAUUUUAUUUCAGAAAAUUGCAUUACAUGUGGCUAUCACAGUCUGGUGGAUUAUAUUUUGAUUGUUUCUAUUGGACACUGCCACCCUCCACAUUUUAAUGUAAAUACUCAUCCGCACCGAUUGUAAGCUGAAGAAUUUGCUCUUACAUUGUUGCAGUAUAAUUGUAAAUUUAUUAAUGUAUGCUAAUCUCACUAAUAAUGACUAUUUUAUGAUUGAUGGACAACUCUAGGAUGUGGUAAUAGCAUUAAGAAGAUCAAUCAAUCAAAGACAGUGUUUUAUUUAAAUUUCUGUAUUUUCCCUCAAUAGUGCUACAAAAAAGUGACUUUUUUUAUAAAUGAAAUUUUUAUUGCACAUGUAAAAUAUUGAAAAUAGAACUAUGUAGACUCAAGGAGAACAUCCAACAACAGCACCAGAGCAAUUUCAUACUGUAUUUAUAUCCUGGAUAUUUGUCUACUCUACAGACACUUGCUGAAUGUGUAACUCCACAUUGACUUAACCCACAUGGUUACCCAGAAUUGCCAGAUUAGAAUGGAGAAAAACAUGUACUGAUGUAAGUAAAUGUAUCUGCUUAUAAUGUUAUAUAAUUGUUGUUAUUUAUUGAUACUUUUUUGUAGAAGUUAUUUUUCCUAGUGUUGAUUUUAAGGUUGAUUUUUCUUCUGUGUGAAAUACUGUACCCCCCCUUGACAAAUCUAACUUUUUUUUUCAUGAAAACACAAUUCAGCUAAUAAUACAUGUUUAUGGCUUUGUACACAUUUCAACAUGAAAUGUAACUUAUUUAGAUUUAUCAAGACAUAUAUUGACAAAUAAAAAAUAAAAAGAAAAUACAUUUUCCUGUGGUCUAGAGGGUCCCACUGUGGUCAUUUUUGUCCUUAGUGUUUUUGUAAUGUUUUUACGCCCCUACUUAAUU